CGUGCGCGUGACGUCAGAUCCCGGGCGAAGGCGGGCGGGGCCGGUUUGAACGAAAAUGGCAGUUAACGUGUAUUCCACCUCGGUGACGAGCGACAAUUUGAGUCGGCAUGACAUGCUCGCCUGGAUCAAUGAGUCCCUUCAGUUGAAUCUGACAAAGAUCGAACAGCUUUGCUCAGGUGCUGCUUACUGCCAGUUCAUGGAUAUGCUCUUCCCUGGUUCCGUAGCGCUGAAGAAAGUGAAAUUUCAGGCAAAGUUGGAACAUGAAUACAUUCAGAACUUCAAGGUCCUACAAGCAGGGUUUAAGAGAAUGGGCGUUGACAAAAUCAUCCCCGUGGACAAACUAGUAAAAGGAAAAUUCCAGGAUAAUUUUGAAUUUGUUCAGUGGUUUAAGAAGUUUUUCGACGCAAACUACGACGGGAAGGACUACGACCCGGUGGCGGCUCGGCAAGGCCAGGAAACGGCAGUAGCUCCACCUCUCGUGACACAGGUUCUGAGCAAGCCCAAGAAGAACCUGGGCUCUGGCGGCACAGCUCCGACACGACCCAUGGUUGCACAGAGAACAACGGUGGCUAAUAAGACCGGACCUGGAAUCAUUAAAAAGGCACCAGGAGGGAUUGGGGAGGAUGAAUCUGCUGAACUGGUCCAACAGAUCAAUGUAUUAAAAUUGACUGUGGAAGACUUGGAGAAGGAAAGGGACUUCUACUUUGGGAAGCUGAGGAACAUAGAGCUGAUUUGCCAGGAGAAUGAAGGGGAAAGCGACCCCGUCCUGCAGAGGAUCGUGGAGAUUCUUUAUGCUACAGAUGAAGGCUUUGUGAUACCCGACGAAGGAGCGCCGCAGGAAGAACAAGAAGAAUAUUAACAGACCCGCCCACUGUACCAGCAGAGCAACAGCAGAAUUCCGAAAUCAGAAUUCUUUUGCCCCAAUCAUGUGCUUUAUCUGUAAAACUACUCCAUUUUAUUCUUAGGACUCACUGGUUUUCUUUUCAUAAGUAAACAAAAAAAAAAGUACCUCUUUCAAGUGCACUUUGCGUAAGUUUUACUACUUCCCCCUCCCCUUCCAUUGGGUUUUUAUUUGAGAGCUCUUUUCCCUCACUUCCUGUAAGCAGAGCAGUAUUAACAUCGAGUGGGUGUCAUUUGGAAGCAAGAGGUCGAGUAUGUGGAGUCGGCAGAGCGGCUCGGGUGCUGGCGAGGGGCUGGUUUGCGGAGGGCUUGCUGUACUGUGUUGUGCUUUGGGGGGGGGGGAGGGCAGGGCGGGGGGAGAGUUGUGUAGCAAAGUUAAUUUCAGGAGUGACUUUGUUUUUUUUCUUGCGGGAAGGCGGAGCAAACACGGAAUUGUUUUCUGCAGUGAAAAGGAAGAUGCCUUAAGGGGGCUUGAAAACGUGCUUCCAGAUGCCAAAUUCUAUGACGGGAAGUUCGAUGUGCUCUAAAUUGGGGUCGGAGAGCCCCGCGUGGCUUUCUUGUUUUGGAAGGAAUUUGCUGAGUCUCUUGCGCGAGGGCGAAAGGGGCCGUUUAAACGGGGCCCGUCCGUGGCCCUGCUGGCUUUCGGAGGGGCGAAACUUUGCUGCCACCCCUCUGGGCUACAGUGGGGUGCGUUGGGGCGUGUGAAGCUCUCCCUGUCUUGCUGCACUGGGCCUGUGGGGAGGAGAGUGAGUGAAUCGGCCAGGCAGGCACGUGUAUCUUCCAAAGCAACAAGGCCGAGGUUUUGAAACCCUUUACCUGCAUAUAUCUAUGCUGCCCCCUUGUUCCUCUCCCGCUUUUGUGUGUCUGGUCCACUGAGUUUUGUGGGUCCUUCUGUUCCUCCCUGCUCCCCUCCCCUCCCCUCCCGACUUGCUGCUUAAACCCGAAUGGAUCGAAUGGCUGGUUUGCAGUGUGGCACUGAGAGCCGUUCCGAUCCGUGAGCCGUGGCAUCCUUGUUGAGUCCAGCUGUUAGCCCGUGGCCCUCUCCAGGGCUCCAGAUGGGUUAAUGGGGCACGGGGGGAGAAUGAAUCAGUAUGUAUCGGAUAGGAAUGUGAAUGUUGCAGGCGAUAUUGCAGUGCUUGGGAUGAAUUUUGACACGAGCAGUAUUUCCUACUUGACCCUGUCCCGCCCCCCUCCUGUCCGUGAGCAAACAGCCCUCUCCCCUCAAAUCGCUGCUCUUUGGGAGGGUCUUUGAGAUGUCUGCCCCCCCCCCCGGCCGCAGUCAAGACUUAAGCCUUGGAGCUCGGAGUAGCUCUUGUUCAUUUGCUUCUGGUGGUUGUGUUCUAAAUGUGUGUAGAAAGCAGAGCGGUCCCCCCCCUCCCCCGGUGACUGUUGUGUAGUGCAUGAACCCCAAGGGAAAAAAACAGAGAGGUCAGAGGAAGACCGAAAACGAACCGAAUGCCAAAAAAACGCAAGCCAUUAAUUUCAGACAUCAGAGGUGCUAUUUCUCUCGUGGCCUUCUAGAUCCUCUAUUCCACUCACUCCUCUUGACAGGGUUUUUUCUACUUUUAAACAGUUUCUAAAUAAAGUUCUGUUUCAAGAAUGCCGUGUCUGCUGGAGUGUCGUGUUCUGGUGGGGGUUGGUUCCCGGCGUGGCCCGAAGGCGUCUCGCACCCUUCGGCACGAAGCCUUUGCAACUCUUUACCCUUGGUGCUGGAAGUCACUGCUCCGUUCUCACUGCCCUGAGCUUCUGGAAGUGGCUGGUGGUAUGCUCGGUGGUUUGGGAGAGCGUUCUCCAGGAGGACCCCCUGGGAUGGAGCCCUCCUAAUAGCCUUUGCCAGUAAGGGAGUUGAGUAACAGCCAGGCGUGGGGGUGGUUGUAUCUUUGUGGUCGCGUGCAUCAAACAAACGCUGUGUCACUGGUCACUUCAGUUGUUGGUCCCUGUCUGUCUUUCUGUCCGCCAUCAGUGUCUCUUGUAUGAAAGGGCUAAUUGCCACGAGGCCUUACAGGCAUUCAGGUCCGAGCACCUGCACGACUCAAAAGCAGAAAUGUGGAGGAGGCCUUGUGCCAGAGUGUCAGAACGUUGCAUUUUAAGCCUCCCGAAUCACGUUUGGGUACUAACAAGUGUUGCUAGAAUAAACAGUCAAGCUCA